AUGGCGGCGGCGGCGCGGGAUGGGGAAGCGAGGCGGGCGCACGCGGCGAUGGUGGGGUCGCAGUUCAUCAACGCGGGGUACCACGUCAUCGCGAAGCAGGCGCUCAACGUCGGCGUCAACCGCGUUGUCUUCUGCGUCUACCGCGACCUCCUCGCGCUCUGCGUGCUUGCUCCCAUCGCCUUCUUCCGCCACCGCGGCUCGCCCGCGCAGGCUCGUCCGCCGCCCGUCACGCGUCGCCUCCUUACCUCCUUCUUCUUCCUCGGGCUCACGGGCAUCUUUGGCAACCAGCUGCUGUUCUUGUUCGGCCUCGGCUACACCAAUCCGACAUACGCCGCCGCCAUUCAGCCAUCAAUUCCCGUCUUCACUUUCAUCUUGGCCCUCAUCAUGGGCAUUUUACAAUUUUCAGGACUGAAACGGCGAGCUUGGUCACACACGAGGGCCGUGCCAAGGGGGGCAGCUGUGUUUGGUAGCAGCGAUCUAGAUCUUGAUGUUCCUCGUAAUGUCGUCAUCACUGAGAUGUUGCAACCUGAGCCAGGAUCAUCUUGGUUCAUUGCAUAUGGGCUGGAAAAGUGGCAUAUCGGAGUGCUAUGUUUAAUAGGGAACUGCCUCUGUAUGGCAACUUAUCUUGCUUUGCAGUUUCUCUGCCUUCUUGACAUUCUUAAAGUGAGAAGGAUAUUAAAACUUAGGCCGGGUUUGCUCUUCCUAGAAAAGGCCCAUAUUUAUGCUGUGUGGCCAACUGGCCAUUGCUUAAUACUGAACAUGGCUCCAAUUUUGGUGAAGUACCCUUGCAGUUUGUCAUUGACAGCUUACUCAUACUUUUUUGGAGCUCUUUUAAUGCUUAUUUCCGGAGUUUUUUCAACAACCAGUAAAGAAGAUUGGACUUUGACUGCAUCUGAGUUUGCGGCUGUUGUAUAUGCUGGAGUUGUUUCAUCUGCUCUUAAUACUGGUUUAUUGACAUGGUCCAACAAAAUUCUGGGCCCAGCUAUGGUGGCACUAUAUAUGCCUCUCCAGCCAGUGCUCUCUGCUCUCUUGUCAGUGCUCUUUCUGGGCAGUCCAAUUUAUUUCGGAAGUAUUAUUGGAGGGUUUCUAAUCAUCUCUGGUUUAUACAUUGUCACCUGGGCACGACAUCGAGAAAAGUUGACUGCCACUGGAGUACCUUAUGUAAAAUGCGCAUCGGAGCCAUGUGACAGUGCUUCUCAAGUCAUAAAGGGCGGUAACUUGAGCCCCAGGCCCUUUAUAUCCCUUUCCAGGCUGUGGAAUGUGCCACAUGAAUCUUGA